CGACUUCGGUACAGCAGAUGCUCUGGCCGUUCUGACGACAUCAGCGGCAUCCAAGCCAACAGUAUCCGAGACAACUGCACAGCGCUCCGGCUGCUUCAGGCCUUCAGCAGCUCUUCUCAAGGCUUCAUUACACUGCUGUAAUCCAAUAAACCCAGAGCCAUGGGAAAGGAGAAACUGCAUAUUAACAUAGUGGUCAUUGGCCAUGUGGACUCAGGAAAGUCCACCACCACUGGGCACCUCAUCUACAAGUGUGGUGGAAUAGACAAGAGGACCAUUGAGAAGUUUGAGAAGGAGGCUGCUGAGAUGGGCAAAGGUUCCUUUAAGUACGCGUGGGUUCUGGAUAAGCUGAAAGCUGAGCGCGAGAGGGGCAUCACGAUUGAUAUCUCCCUCUGGAAGUUUGAAACCAGCAAGUACUACGUCACAAUCAUCGAUGCACCUGGACACAGAGACUUUAUCAAGAACAUGAUUACUGGCACCUCCCAGGCGGACUGUGCCGUGCUCAUUGUGGCAGCAGGCGUGGGUGAGUUUGAAGCUGGAAUCUCGAAGAAUGGGCAGACUCGAGAACACGCACUGCUGGCUUACACCCUGGGUGUCAAACAGCUGAUCGUGGGCGUGAACAAGAUGGACUCCACAGAACCCAACUACAGCCAGAAACGCUACGAGGAGAUCGUGAAGGAAGUCAGCACCUAUAUCAAGAAGAUUGGCUACAACCCUGAGACCGUGGCCUUCGUGCCCAUCUCUGGCUGGAACGGGGAUAACAUGCUGGAGGCUAGCCCAAAUAUGACCUGGUUUAAGGGCUGGAAGAUAACUCGUAAAGAUGGAAGUGUCUCUGGGACGACACUGCUGGAAGCUCUCGAUGCCAUUCAGCCUCCGACUCGUCCUACUGACAAACCACUGCGCCUGCCUCUGCAGGAUGUUUACAAGAUUGGAGGUAUCGGAACUGUUCCAGUUGGCCGUGUUGAGACUGGCAUCCUGAAACCUGGCCUGGUUGUGACUUUUGCCCCUGUGAACGUGACCACUGAGGUGAAAUCUGUAGAGAUGCAUCACGAGGCCCUGUCUGAGGCAUUGCCUGGUGACAACGUGGGAUUUAACGUAAAAAACGUCUCAGUUAAAGAUAUCCGCCGCGGGAAUGUUGCGGGAGACAGCAAGAAUGACCCUCCUCAGGAGGCAGCUAGCUUUACUGCACAGGUCAUCAUCCUGAACCACCCUGGACAGAUCAGUGCCGGCUACGCUCCUGUUCUGGACUGCCACACGGCCCACAUUGCCUGCAAGUUUGCUGAGCUAAAGGAGAAGAUUGACCGUCGUUCGGGUAAGAAGCUAGAGGACAACCCCAAAUCGCUCAAGUCUGGUGAUGCUGCCAUCGUGGACAUGAUCCCAGGCAAGCCCAUGUGUGUGGAGAGCUUCUCUGAGUACCCUCCGCUUGGGCGCUUCGCGGUACGCGACAUGCGUCAGACGGUGGCCGUGGGUGUCAUUAAAGGUGUCGAGAAGAAGACGCCCACCUCAGGCAAGAUCACCAAGUCUGCCCAGAAGGCCCAGAAGAACAAAUGAAUGUUGUGCAGGGCUGCGACCUCUCAAGCCAGCCAUAGCCGAAUCCACAUCACCCAUCCGCUCCUUAGCUCCAUAGUAAAAGCCUGGCUAAUUAUCACAAUGCAUCGCAAAAGUAGACGGAGGAAAAAAAUCUAACCCAUGACUGCUCUGACAAUGAUAUCUAACAUGUACCGUUGUAUUCAUGUUUGCUUUGUAGUUUGGAGUUUCCAUUCUAAACUUGUGUGUGUUCCAUAUAUGGAUUGAUGUCAGCACCUUAUACUAGACGCAGGAGACUCUUCCUGUCUUUUCAGCUUAAUGUGCAAUAGUCCUAGACCCUCCCCUACAGUCCCAAUUAGCCAUGUAGCUAACGUUAACGUGAUGAACCUGCAGCAGCUGUGAAACCUCUCUACUUGUUGUCGUAGAUAUGAGUUUUUACCUUGGUGUGUAUUGAAAUGACGUGUUGUGAUGUAGCUUCAAACCUGAACCUGGUGUCUUUUUCUGGCUGCAUGCAUGAAGCUAAGCUAGCUAGCGCACUUUACUGAGGCUCAGUACCUUCCCUCCUUUAGCACUUUGAGUAAGCAUGAGCUAAAUAUUUUGCACUCGCACUCAUGUACCUUAACAUAUGGGCGUAAUCCUCAUGUAACGUGGGAUCAAAUCAAACAAUAAAGACAUUUUAUCACUCUUU